GGGACUCGGUGGCGGCCGGAGUUGCACGUCCUGGCACCUCCUCCCUGAGUAGGUGGGUUCGCCCGUGGAGGAGGGGGUGUCAGGGUCCGCGGAGCGAGCGGGCACUGCUCUCUCCCCGCGCGGCGUGCGCCUCGGCCCUGGCGGGUGGGGCUUUGGAAAGAUCUGUGGGAACCGAGGCCGGGGUUGUGAUUGAACGGACUACCUCUGGACCCCCUCCCCUGUCCCCAACGCUGAGCCGAAACCAUGCAUGGGCGCCUGAAGGUGAAGACGUCGGAAGAGCAGGCAGAGGCCAAAAGGCUAGAACGAGAGCAGAAGCUAAAGCUCUACCAGUCAGCCACUCAAGCUGUCUUCCAGAAGCGUCAGGCUGGUGAGCUGGAUGAAUCAGUGCUAGAACUGACAAGCCAGAUUCUGGGAGCCAACCCUGAUUUUGCCACCCUCUGGAACUGUCGAAGAGAAGUACUCCAGCACCUGGAAACCGAGAAGUCCCCUGAGGAGUCAGCUGCUCUUGUGAAGGCAGAACUGGGCUUCCUAGAGAGCUGUCUUCGUGUGAACCCUAAGUCCUAUGGCACUUGGCACCACCGCUGCUGGCUGCUGAGUCGCCUGCCUGAGCCCAACUGGGCCCGGGAGCUGGAGCUAUGCGCUCGCUUCCUCGAGGCCGAUGAGCGGAACUUUCAUUGCUGGGACUAUCGGCGAUUUGUAGCCGCACAGGCUGCUGUUGCCCCUGCAGAGGAACUAGCCUUCACUGACAGCCUCAUCACCCGUAACUUCUCCAACUAUUCCUCCUGGCAUUAUCGCUCCUGCCUCUUGCCACAGCUGCACCCCCAGCCAGACUCUGGCCCACAGGGUCGGCUCCCUGAAAAUGUACUGCUGAAAGAGCUGGAGUUGGUGCAGAAUGCCUUCUUUACUGACCCCAACGAUCAGAGUGCCUGGUUCUAUCACCGCUGGCUCCUGGGUCGGGCGGAGCCCCACGAUGUUCUAUGCUGUGUGCAUGUGAGCCGGGAGGAGGCCUGUCUGUCGGUCUGCUUUUCUCGUCCCCUGACAGUGGGCUCCAGAAUGGGGACCUUGCUACUCAUGGUUGAUGAGGCACCUUUGAGUGUGGAGUGGAGGACUCCAGAUGGCAGGAACCGGCCCAGCCAUGUCUGGCUCUGUGACCUGCCUGCUGCCUCUCUCAAUGACCAGUUGCCCCAGCACACGUUUCGUGUCAUCUGGACAGGAAGUGAUAGCCAGAAGGAGUGUGUGCUUUUAAAAGACCGCCCAGAAUGCUGGUGCCGAGACUCAGCCACUGAUGAACAGCUAUUCAGGUGUGAGCUGUCAGUGGAAAAGUCCACAGUGCUGCAGUCUGAGCUUGAAUCCUGUAAGGAGCUGCAGGAACUAGAGCCUGAGAAUAAAUGGUGCCUGCUGACCAUCAUCCUGCUGAUGCGAGCACUGGACCCCCUCCUCUAUGAGAAGGAAACACUGCAGUACUUCAGUACCCUCAAAGCUGUGGACCCAAUGAGAGCAGCUUACUUGGAUGACCUGCGCAGCAAGUUCUUGCUGGAGAACAGUGUUCUCAAGAUGGAGUACGCUGAUGUACGCGUGCUGCACCUGGCUCACAAGGAUCUCACAGUGCUCUGCCACCUGGAACAACUGCUCUUGGUCACUCAUCUUGACCUGUCCCAUAAUCGACUCCGAGCCUUACCCCCAGCCCUGGCUGCUCUGCGCUGUCUUGAGGUGCUGCAGGCCAGUGACAAUGCCCUGGAGAACGUGGAUGGUGUGGCUAACCUUCCCCGGCUACAAGAGCUGUUACUAUGUAAUAACCGCCUCCAACAGUCUGCAGCAAUCCAGCCUCUUGUCUCCUGCCCCAGGCUAGUCCUCCUCAACCUGCAGGGCAACUCGCUGUGCCAAGAAGAGGGCAUCCAGGAGCGUUUGGCUGAGAUGCUACCGUCUGUCAGCAGCAUCCUCACCUAGGAGGCCCUGCCUCAUCCUCACCUUUAACUUACUGGGACUGAAUAAAGUGUGGAGAGGCCCCUCUACCACUUGACCGCUGCCAUGACAACACUACCUCCAUUACCACCACUGUUUUGAAGAAAGGAAGGGAGGGGCUCUGUGGUGAGGGUCUACUGCCCUGUGAUACUCUCUACCCAGAGCCUCUGUGUUCAUGUCUGGUCAGGACCACAGCUGGAUUUGAGUUCAUCAUCAGUUUUGGGGCUGUCAUGGGAGCCUAGCUUGAGACUGGGAUAGAAAUCGGGCUCGGGUUAUGAUUUGGGCUGAGCCUCAGAACAGCUGUCUCUAGCUGGAAGAGACUGUGAACCUUUCUCUCGUGAGUCUGCCAACUUCAGACUUUGUGUCCUGACCCCUGCUUCAUUCACAACGGAAUAGGCUCAGGACCUCAGUGUUUGAGAAAGAAUGUGUCAGGGCAUCUUGCCCCACCUGGUUAAGAUGACAAUAUUGGUCCUUGUGGAUUACAUUCUAUGGUUGAAAAGCCCUUGGGAACCCUUGGUCCCGUUUGAUCCUCAUACACUCAGGGAUGGGAUGAUUAGAACAUUUGAACUGAUGAAGAGACUGUUCUGACCCGCCCAGGGUUACUGAGCUCUGCAUGCGGAAGCCAGAUACUAACCACGUUGCUUCAGUGAUUUAGCCCUUUUCCUGUUUCUGUAUUAAUGUAGAAUGAUUAAACAGAGGCCCGGCCUCAACUCGCCAAGGUA